AUGCGCAGACUCUCAAUUUCCUCCUCACAAACAAGCAAACGGCGCAGUCUUCUCCGCCGCAAACGCAAAUCUCGAAUGAGCGCGGAUACACCAUCGACAGACUCUUCAACGGACAGCACCGUCAGCAGCUCAGGAAACGCAGAAGCAGCGCUCACGUCCUUGUUCGCGACGACAUCGCUCACACGAGUGCCUUCAAGAUCCUCCGAUACCGUCAAGAAGAUGGUCCAGAAGAACAAUAUCCCAGGCUCCUUGGGCAAGAUGACGCCGGCUACCCAUCCCGGCAGUCUGGCCAUCACCGAUACCGACACCACCAACAAAACCAAUAAAACCAACAAAACUAACAAAGACGGCGUGGCUAUGACGGCAGAGAAGCUGUCAGACCUGUCCCCACCUGCUAAGACAGAAUAUGGAGCUCUACGUGAACAUUGCCCCGGCCUGCCAGAAGACCCGAAUCUCCAUGGUGGCAUUCUGCUCCUUGUAACCGACUCCGUUGGCGAGGUGAAGCUCGGGAAAUGCGAUGGAGAGCCUGGCUGCGAGACGCCCUCUAAGCUGGGGAGCUUGAAGAGACGGGCAAAGACGAACUUUGGGGACUAG